UCUUGUCGCCUUUUAUGCAGUUACAGACAAGAGUCUCUAAGGGAUAGGUGUAACACUCUUCAUUAGCUGUCUCACAAGACUAGAAGUGGUCACGAUGAGACCGACGACGAUGAUAAAUAUGGUGAUGGUGAUGAUUUACUCUGCUGCGAACGGUAAUAUUUUCUCAGGCUGUCUCGUGUCUCCAUCCUUCAACCUGACAGUGGUGGACCGCGUGCAAGACCUCGGUUUCUGGGGAUUCGUCACCGCUUCUCGUGGCUCUUCCGUCAUGGAUAUAACAUUGGGGCAGUCCAAAAGAAGCUACACAGAGGUGACGCUUAACUCUACGCACGCUACCGCCACGCACGUGGGCCUCACCUCUAACUCACUCUUGUGGCAGGGGCAAGUGUCUGGGAAGGUGAGUCCUGGAUGGAGGCGUUUUUUCCUGCAGGUACCGCAACGGAAAGACACCUUUAACCUCACUCUUACUGACGAUCACGGCACCACAUGGCUGGGCGGUUCCCUAGUUCCCUUCGCAGUUGAAUGGCUGUCUGUGGUAGUCUCUCACUUCAACACGUCCUGCCACACUUUAACUCCGACCUGGCACAUCAAGAGCUGUUCUGUGAAGGAGGUGAUGUUGCCGCCACUGCUGAAUCCUUUACAAUUCACGGUGAUAGGCGCGAGACCGCUACUGCUGAUGCUGACGCUGGCAGAUACAAACAUCAACGUGACAGCGGAAAUAGUGGAUACCCUGGAUGCCCCGCUGCCGCCUGUGCCCCUUGUGCUGCGCCUCACACUGGACCACACACAGCCAGCAACCCUGCCAUACCUAGUGACAGAGGAUGUCUUGGGUGUAGUGGAGGUGGCGACAGGCGGUCCCGUAGCAUCCCUAAGGUUCACCAGUUUUAGCGACGACGACCUCCACGUGGUGCAACAACUUCACCUGUCCACCACUACGGCCAGUCGCCAAAGCUCACUGCCACUGCCGUGCACCUCCUGUGAUCACGUUGUCCCUACUUCACCUCCACGUCCAAUCGCUGUGGGUUGGCCAGUACUACUUGGUGCCACAGCGGGGCUGCUCUUCGCUGGUGUAGGUCUGGGUGCGUGUACGUCACGUCUCUUGAUGACUCGGGAGAUGCCUCGCAGAGCGAAGGCGACAACAACGAUGGCAGCGGCAGCCGGACAAACGAUGUUGGUAGUUCCUUAUCAAGGUGGGUCGCAGGAAGAGACCUCAUCCCAGUACGAGCCACAGUAUCUUGAGCCCCGACCUGUUCCCGCCCCCUGGCAGGCCACUUCUUCCCUAUCAUCCCCGUAUCCUAGCCCAGAACACAUUUACGAGGAGGUGGUCGAAUUAGCAACCACAAAAAGCACACGGACACCAGAGGAUUCGUUCACCAGCGAGGACGAUUACGAAUAUCUACACUUUCAUUUUCGCUGAGUCAGCAGCGCUGACAGGAGCUGAUGAGUCACUGGGGACGAUGACGUAUCACACCCGAACAUAAUGCAAAGUUAAAAAUCUAGAUGUAGUAAUUUAUCAUCUAGAAAUUAAUCAAAUCCUGCCUACCUAUGCUUAUUAUAGCUAUAUCGUUAAUCUAACACGCUCAGCGGGAACGAUUCUGUCUAUAUCCUUUGUCUUUGUCGACGAGAAAACCGACAUUUACUAAGAAAAGUGCUGGGAAUAGAUCCUGCCGAGAAUUUGAAACAUCAUCUGAAUAAAAGAACUGGCAGAGGGUACGUGGAGAUGUUCCCAAAUUAUCUCUAUUGACGAUGAAAGUGUUAGCUUGUGUUACGUAUGUGUGUAGAUUAGAAAAUUUGUUGCCGUUUUCUAGAAUAAAUGAGUACACGACUUGGAUAUCUUUUAAAUAAAAUGCCUUGACACACUAUGGAAGUGAAAAAAAAAAAAAGGAAAAGUCGCCUCUUUCUACCAUCUUUCUACCAUGUCUUUUUCAUGUUCUCCCCCUCUCCAAGACUCCAUUGUUACAGUCUUUCAUCAAAUCAACUUCAUCUUCUUUUCCCUCUCUUUUCAUUCUCUUUCUCAUUCCCAUCUUCCUUUAUUCCUCCAUUCCUUCACUCAUCCAUCUUUUCUCAUUACAUCCGAGAUAAGAUAAACAUAUUCUCUCUCUCUCUCUCUCUCUCUCUCUCUCUCUCUCUCUCU